CGCGCAUCUUGAAGGAGUUGGAACGGUUGUGUUUUUCGUCGAAUUUACCUGCUUCCCCCUGGAUCCGAUCAAAGCGGCAGGGCAAAGCAUGGUGGAAAAGCGGUGGCCAUCGUUAGAACCCCGGGCCCUAGCCUUAGGGACUAGAAGGUCGUCGCAAUCACCCCAUCUGCCGGACGAGCUCACUAGAGCCUCAAUUCUGAAUGUGAACUGAGUAGGGAUUCUGCUGGCCAAUUGCAACAACUUUUGGAAAAUUGCACCUCUAUGGAAAAAGCUCCAGAGUCCGAUGUACGCAUCGGUAAAAAUAUCUGUGAUUCAACCUAAGAGCUGUCAAACUGGCUUCAUAGAGUAUUUGAGCUUAGUUCACAAGGUUGCAGCACUCUGAUUUUAAACAUAAACCCACUUCUCCACCUUCCUUUGUUACAAAUGCCCUUCUGCCCUCACUAGCGCCUCAACUAUGGCGCCUUUUGCUGGCUCCUCUGGCAGCUCUGGUCAUGCUGCUCUCCUUUUGGCCUUCCUCGCUGGUGCUGCCACCGCCGCACUCUUGAUUGGGCGGCAGGCCCUGUUUGGGCGCAGGCAGCGCCAACGCGUCAUUGGCAUCAUCCCUGCUCGCUACGCAUCCAGCCGGUUUCCAGGGAAACCACUGGUGCAGAUAUUGGGGAAGUCCAUGAUCCAGCGAACGUAUGAGCAGGCCAAGAAGGCCACCUUGCUUGAUAGAGUUGUGGUGGCCACUGACGACGACAGCAUCCGGCAGGAGUGCGAGCGCUUUGGCGCGGAGGUCAUCAUGACCUCAGCGGCCUGCCCCAAUGGGACUGUGCGGUGCCAUGAGGCGCUGCAGCGAUGUGGGGGCCAGUACGACCUGGUUGUGAAUCUGCAGGGGGACGAGCCGCUCGUGGACCCCGUCAUCAUUGACGGUAUUGUGGCAGCCCUGCAGGCGGCCCCAGAUGCGGUGCUGAGUACUGCGGUGACGGCCCUUCCUUCGGACGAUGUGCAGAACCGCAACCGGGUCAAGUGCGUCGUGGACCGCAACAGCUAUGCGCUCUUUUUUUCACGGGGAAUGCUGCCCCACAACAAGUCUGGCGCCGUGGAUCCCACGUACCCUUACCUCCUACACCUGGGGUUCUAUUGCUUUGACGCGGCGUUCCUGGGGACAUACUGCGCACUGCCGGACAGCGCGCUGCAACUAGCGGAGGACCUAGAGCAGCUCAAGGUGCUCGAAAACGGCCACCGCAUCAAGGUGAUUGCGGUGGAGCACGACGCGCACGGGGUGGACUGCCCGGAGGACGUGCCUAAGAUCGAGGAGCUGAUGCGCAAAAAAGGCAUCGCAUAGACGCACCCGGGAAAAGAACUGGGGCCGCCGCUCAGGACCAUGGGGAGUGGUUCAGGCGGGGGUUCAGGGCGCCGCUUCUGGCACGCACACAGCCACAUCCGCAAAGGAUGCCACACUGGUCGCACGAAGAUAUUGACAGUCUGGUCAGAGUAAAGGUGCUCGAGGACUUCGGCGAUCCGGGCUGAGGACACUAUUGAAGUGAUGACUUGGCGAGGCUUUUCAUCUAGAAGCCUGGUAUGGGCCAACGGUCCGACCAAGCAGGAUCGAGACGUCCCCCGAAACCUUAAAAUCUGCCACGUCAUCCUGCUUCAGUGUUCCCCAGUCCCGGUCUCGACAUCACCCUGCUCAGUGUGCAACAAGAGCCUGUUCUCGACCACGCGUUUCUCUUCAGGAUACGGAUCCGACAGUCUCAGUCGCUAAGCAGUGUGAGCGUCAGGCAUCUUACAUUGCAGACCAGCUAAUCUCGUCUUAAACCCCAACCGGGUUACAUCGCAGACCAGCUAAUCUCGUCUUA